AUGUCGGGCUGGACGACGGUCUGGGUGCUGAUUGUUGCGGUGAUUAUCGGGUCCGCUACGUGGGUGACCACGCCCAAGGGGCCGAACCAAGUUCUGAUCCGCUCGAGCGUUCUCCUGACGCUUUCCUGCUGCUACCUUAUGUGGUUCUGUGUGUACAUGGCACAGCUGCAUCCCCUGAUCCAACCGAAGCGGUCGGAUGUGCGUUUCUUUGACUAG